AUGAAAAACGUACGGUUUGAGAGAAUUCCUGAGAACUCGGAUGGUCUUUCUUUUAACGAAUUUUUAAAUAUGAAUGAAGAAAUUUCUUUUAGAGCCUCCGAUGUUCAGUGCACGAGGAAAGUACCGAAGACGGUAUCGCGAACAGUUUGAAAAGGUUUUAGAGUUGGGACAAGAUUUGUUAUUUUUUGUUCUCCAGCUAAAAGUUCAUCCGGGUGAGACGGAAAUUCCUCUGGAUAACUUGGCAGAGAGGGUUGAUGAUGCGAAUGUAUCUCUCAACAGUGCGCAGGUAUCAUGGGGUUUUCAUAAAAGUUCGAAUUAGUUUUUCAGAAAAGAGCUAUCCGCGAAUACAGUGCAGAUAGUGACCGCGACAUGGUAGAUCUGAGUGAUUUUGAGAGCAUGGUAACUUUUUCUCAAAUUCAUUACAAAAAUGAAUCGAAACACAGUUAACUUCGAAAAGAGCCCAACCCUCGAGGAUGAAACGUAUCAUGUACGACAUUGCUGACCCUGUCAUCAGUGAGUCACAGAAAGUCGAGGUUUGUCAGAAGAAAUUAAUUUGUCUCUAAUAAAUAGUGAAUUCGGUUCUCAGGUUCGCUCUUAUAUCGACUCCUACAAUUGUUUCCCUCCCCCGAUCUUCAUCCUACUCGUAACAAUUAUCGAGGUAACCGGAAAAGUUGAAAAAAACCAAAGCAUUGGUUCCAGAUCUCAAUAUUUUUCUAUUACUACGAAACCGACGGCCGAGGGAGUAUAUGGACAGAUUGCGCCGGCUGCUUCGUUCACCACAACCAUUCCGACCCGGGAGUUCUCAUUUUCGUGCCAAAACUCCGGGCGGAAGCCUGGAGGUUCUGCUCCUACAUGUUACUGCACAGCGGGUGAGGAUUAGAGAGAUUUCCAGAGAAGAAUAGGUAUUUCAGGUUGAAUCAUCUGAUUGGAAACAUGGUAGUGCAACUACUCGUAGGGAUACCUUUAGAAGUGGUGCAUAAAGCGUGGAGAAUCGCGCCGCUCUACAUUCUAGCCGUUGUUACGGGUAAUUAUCAAUUUCAUUUCAAGUAACAUUUUCAUGAAUUAUCUCUAUUAUUCUUCAAAUAGAUCAUCUCAGGUUCCCUAUUACAGUACGCUGUAGAUCCUAAUGCGCUGCUGGUCGGUGCUUCUGCGGGAGUUUAUGCUUUAAUCAUGGCUCAUGUUUCCAACGUGAUUUUGGUGAGAAAUUAUCUUUUAAUACAUUUUAUACGAAGUUUCUUUUCACAGAAUUGGCACGAAAUGCCGUUCCGAUGGGUUCGCGUGGCGGUUCUAAGUACCUUUAUUUUAUUCGAUGUUUGUGGAGCAUUAUAUAGACGUUUUGUGAUCAGCCAGUGUGAAUCGGUGAGGAUUGUUUUAAUGCGAUAGGUAUAUUUCUUUGGGUUUUCAAAUGUUCGUUAAAAGUAAUACGAAUGUUUGAGUCGUUUAGGGGAUAUUUUGGGUUUUUGGCUUCGAAAAUAUUCAAAAGAAAACUUUCAGCGCUUUUUAAGUGAGAAAAAUAAGAAAAUUAGCAAAUUCUUCAAUGGGACGUUCAUUAUCCUUCAAAAUACGUUAUUUUUAGAAUUAUAUUUUUCUUCAAAACUUCUACUUAAUUUUGAAAAACUUGAAACCUCAGUUUUGUGAUUUUUUUUGAGUUUCAGAUAUCGAUUCUUGCACACGUCGCAGGAGCCAUUACAGGCCUUUUAUUCGGAUACUUUUCAUUAUACAACGUUGUGGUGAGUGAGGCAAAAGAAACUUUGUAAAAGGAAUCAAUUUUAGGAGCUAAAAUGGGAGAAAAUCGUGAAAUGGGUGGCGUUAGGUCUCUACACGGCUUUCCUAGUGCUAACCGUGACGAUGGCCGUCGUCCGGGUACCCCAUUCCAAGGCAUUAUGGGAGGACUCGUCGUGCUGA